UUAUGCUCCUAUUGGGUUGGUUUUUAUAUUAGAAAACGGGGGGAUAAGAGCCUCUUAGAACUGAGUAUCGAAGGAAACAAAUCGAUAUUUCAGAGCGAAUUUGUAUGAGAAGUUCUUUGCUAAACAGUCGAGCUCUUAAGCGCUUGGGAUGGUCUCUUUCGUUCUCUUAAAAGAGCAUCAAAUAUAUUUUAGAAUGCAAGUUUUUUACUCUUACUGAGUUCCUAACAAUAACUUUGACUUUUAUUUUUAUCUUUCAUUUUUUAUUUCCUUUUUAAAUUGCUAUCCAUUCAACAAUAUUUACUUUCGCUUCACUUGUUAGUUUUACUAAACUUGAAGACCUUUUAAAAGUUUUGUUAAACAUUAAAUUUUUUUCAAUAGCUCUUUAGAAAUAUUGUUUGUUAAAGUAACUAAUUUUAAGAGAAAAUGCUUAAAAAAUUAAUUUUUUGUAUAAACUUUUAAACUAUAGUUAACAUAGCAUACUUUUAAGGGUUAGAAAAUUAUUAUAAAUUGUUACAUAUAUUGGGGAAGGUCGGAAUUUUUCAGAAUCUCUUUGUAAAUUAAAAAAAUGUUCCCUAUUUUCUCUAUCAUUUUAUUAUAUUACAACAAAAAAUACAUAUUCUUAAUAUAACAAAUAAUAUUACUUGACUUAACUUAACUUCUCGAAUCAAAAGAUAAUUUUUUUCCUAUUUUUAUUUGCUUGUUUUCCAUAAACCAGUCAUUCUUCUAAUAUAAGCUUAACGUUCGCUUUGCCCUUCCAUAAACAUCCGUAGCUUAUAAUCAAAUCUUCUAGUAAAAGCGAAUAAAAACAAGUAAAAAAAACUUUAUUGGAACACUGUCCACCGUAGAACAUUUUCCUUACUAUACUUGUUAAUAUAACGGCAAUAAGAAGUGUUCGAAAAAGUGGUUCUAUCGGAACCAUUUUCAAUGGCCUUGGUUCUUGUGCCAAAAAAACGUUGUCUGUCCAUUGAACACAACAAUACAAGGCGGACAGACGAACAGACAAGCUUGCAUCGAUGCAGAAAGUGAUUCGAAAUCGGGGGGCAUGAUAAAAGUUGGAUUUAUCUGGGCGUUGUAUACAUCCGCAUAAACUUAAUAUACGCACUAGUGGUGUAGAAUACCAAAAAAUUUAUAUUACAAUAGACUAAGUCAUAUAAACCAAAGUCAGCUGUGUCUCACCCUAACGUCCACAAAGGAAGACCUUUUCCAACCACAAUUUCACUAGAAGAAGAGUAACUUUUCGAAAUUUUAAAGUGAAUUGUGUUAGUAACAAUUUAUACUAUUAUUUAUAGACUACGUUUCGAAUUAUACCGUUUUACGCUCUAAAUAUACUUCUUUUUAAUUGUCUUCAACUCAAAAUAAUGGCGAUUAAAAUAUGAUAAUGUGUGAGCACUUAUGUUGUUAAUGUGACGACUUUGUUUGCUUCGCAUUGUUGAAUAAGAUAAACUCACGUACUAUGCUAUACAGUUACCAUUAAUUAAAAACAAAAUAUAGCAUACUCUUCUCUACUUUUGUUUACUCAACCAUCGUCUAUAUACUUUCGCAGACUCUUUUCAAUGGUAUUCAAUUCACAGGAACUGCGUAGAACAAUUAUUUUUCUAUUUGCAUUUGAGAAUCAUCCAGAAAAAUUUUACAAAUUAUCGACAAUGUGAAACGAGAAUACAUGUAAUCAUCCUAUAAAGCGGUAAAUAUGUUAUUAUAAUACCCCAUCUUGUGUGAACCCGCGUUGUAUAUGAGGGUAGAAGCCAUUACAAAAAGAACGAGAAAUAAUGUUCCAAAAGCUAUGAACACGAUAUUCUUUUCACACAUUUCCAACAUCUCGAUUAGAGAAUAAAGAAAUAAGAAACCUUUAUGCGGCUCUGACCCAUCAACGCUAGUCCAAAAAAAAAAAAACUGAACGAAAAGAAAAAGAGUAUGAGAGUGGAAAUUUUUAUCGUUUGCCUUGGGUAACGACAUGGAAAGCGAAUGCCUUCUCAGUUGUUGUAGCAGUGUAGAUGUGCCUUUUGAUCCGUUUGGACCAUUUUCUAAUUCUUUUUCAAAAAUAUAAGCAGUACCUUGAUUUAUGCGAGUGGAAGACUAUUUUUCACAGACACUGCAAAGUGUAACGGCCAGACAGGGUUCGUGGAGCUUUCUUCUGCGAAUUAUAAAGAUUUUGAUAAAAUGAGAAUUCGACGUAUUAUAAUCUCGGAUAGGCGUGGCGAGGACUAUAACAUCGCCCUUAGUUUAUAAAGCUUAAUGGGUUCAUUGCUCAAAGUUUUAUGAGUUUAUUUGCUUUCGUUUUUCUCAGUUGUGUUGUACGGAGGUCCUUCACGCUGUUUCGGCUAUUUUCAAUUCCAGCCUGUCAAAUUUGAAACCGAGAGCUAGACGGACAGACUGACAUUCUUAAAUCAAUUCAAAGUGUGAUGUUGACCAAAAAAUGUAUAAAUUGUAUGGGGUCUCUGAUGCUUCCCUGUAAGGGCUUGAAAACGAAUAUACUCCUCAUUCUCAUCCUUCGGUGAUGUCCAGAGAAAAAGCUAUUGCUACUUAGUAUUCACGAAGCAAACCCUUGCAACAUAAAAUACAAAUGAAGUCAAUUUUAGUGGGAAAAAACACAUGUGUACAUACAUACAUAGUUGCGAUUUUUCAUAUAAAAAAUUCCUCGUAUUACUCCAGUUAAUAUAUACAUAUGUACCCAUCGUAAAAUUCCGCGGGUGUUCUCACAUAUUGUUUGCUCCUUUUCGUGUUCGAAUCAAAGCAUUUUGCUAAAUAGCGCGUUAUAGGAUGGUUACCCGUGCUCUAACAAUUCCCAUUAUCCAUGGAAGAAGAGAAAAAAAAAAACUUUUCGAGUUAAAUAAAUUAACUUUUUAAUAUUGCAUGCUAAAGAUGGACCGCACCAACAACUGGCUGUUGUAGUAUAUAUUAUCAAUGAUAAUAACAAUUAUAAUAAAUUUUGUUGAAAUUUUGUUUUGACAGUCUUUGUCGUCUGAAUGUUCUCGCUUACCUUUUUUCCUGCCCACUCUUGUCCAACUUGGUUUUUUUCUCAACGAAACGAAAUACAUUUCAAAAAUUUAUACACACGAUGUACAAAGAACCGCAGCAGCAAUUGCUAUAUUAAGCAGAGUCGACAUCAAAUGAUGAAACUGUGCUCAUCUUGCAGAAGCUCUACUCUGCUUAAUAUAGUAAUUGAUCAACGCCUUAGAAUUGACACCUGUCGAUAUCUAAUUGAAAUAUUGUCGCGGCGUUUGACGGGCGAAUAAACCUUGAAAGCCCCCUUUAAAAAAUAAAACUUGGAAAGAAGGGAAAAAGUCAAAUUCAUCGAAAAUAAAUUAUUUAAAAAAAAUAAAAAAAUACCCAACAAAGUUGGAACUUUGCAAGGGAACGAUAUUGUAAACGACGAAUUGUUUUCGAAAGCAAUUCCGUUUUUGUGUUGACAACAAAGCAAUUUUGUGAAAAUACAAGUGAAAAAAGCAAAAAAAAAAAAA